GUUGACACUUGUAGCCAAAUGAGCGUCUACAAUUGGGAGACGUCUUUCACAUUAGAGACUAGAGAGAGUGAUUGGGAACCACAGUCUAGUAAACCAACCAGUCAACUUGGCAACCCCCCUUCCGCCUCACUACUCACCAUCACUCCGAUUCAAUUCUCUCACCCUUUCUUAUCACACCAGAUCCAAUCUCAGAAGCUUUAAUUUAUUUACUCACACUUUCUUAAUGUUAAUAGUAGAUUCGAAAAAUCGCGCCGGAAGUUGCUAAUUUCUCAUUAGAAGUGGUUGCUGCUGGUAUAUGUGCAUGCGAUUGGUUCUCGAAUCUUCUUUGGUUUCGAGACGUAUUUCGGUCUAAAGAGAUAUCUGGAAGGAGUUUGAUCAUGGCCGUUGCUCUUGCUCAACCUUACGAUGGAUUAAAAACGAUGCUGCAGUCUGCUGUACAAUCUGUUCAAUGGACCUACAUUAUUUUCUGGCAGCUUUGUCCUCAACAACGGGUUUUAGUAUGGGGAGACGGGUACUACAAUGGCGCAAUAAAGACCAGGAAGACGGUGCAGUCUGUGGAAGUUAGCACGGAGGAGGCGGCUUUGUGUAGAAGCGAACAGCUCAGAGAGCUCUACGAUUCAUUGGUUGCCGGUGAACAGCAGGCGACGGAGAACCAGCAGCCCACGAUACGGCGGCCGGCGGUGGCAUUGUUACCGGAGGAUCUUACGGAGGCUGAAUGGUUCUACCUUGUUUGCGUCUCAUUCUCUUUUCCUCCAGGCGUCGGAUUAGUCGGAGAGGCAUAUGCAAAGCAGCAACAUCUAUGGCUCACGGGUGCAAAUGAAGUCGAUAGUACAGUUUUCACAAGAGCCAUCCUUGCCAAGAGUGCUGAUAUACAGACUGUUGUAUGCAUCCCUCUACUGAAUGGAGUCGUUGAACUUGGCACAACUGAAAAGGUGGAGGAGGGUAUCGACUUGAUUGAACACGUGAAACAUUUCUUCAAGGUCGAAAAUGACAAGUCAAUUAUCCCGCGUCCUAGACCCGCCCUUUCCGCCCAUUCUUCCAACACCAAUACUCUUUCCACUCGUCAAUUCAAACCUUUAAACAACCGGUAUUUAAUGGAUGCAUACGCCGAUGAUGAUAAUGAGGAUGAAGAAGAUGAUGAUGACGACGAUGAGGAAGAAGAAGAAAAUGAGUCGGAUUUUGAGGCAGAAACGGAUCAUAUUUCUAUUGUUGAAGAACCUCAUGACGAAGAUAGCAUCGUGAUGGAGGCGAAUGAACUACUGCAACUUGAUAUGUCUACAGAUAUUAGGUUCGGAUCAUCCAUUGACGAUUCGAUUAACUUGGACUCUCAUUUUGAUCACUUGUUACCAACCAGUCAAGAUCAUGAUUCAUGUAGAGCUGACUCACAUCCACAUGCUCUGGAGCUGCACAACCCAUCCACUAUUCAUUUACAAGGAUCGCAGGACAGUCAUUACUCCCGUACAGUUUCAACCAUUCUCCACAAACAAACAAGUCAACUGAGUCAAUGGCACGACUCACACUCAGCAUCACGCCACAACUCACUAUACACGUCCACCCAAUCAUCCUUCACCGCCUGGGUAUCAAAUCACCAUCAUCACACGGUGGCGGAGACUAGAUCUAACUCACAGUCGCUCCUAAAGUACAUCAUCUUCACCGUACCUUUCCUCCACUCCAACAACAACAACAACAACAACAAGUCCACCGAAGGUGACGCCUCGGAGUCCGUCGCAUCUCGUAUACGGAAAACGACAUCGCAUGAAGAGCUCAGUGCCAACCACGUCCUCGCAGAGCGACGUCGCAGAGAGAAGCUAAACGAGCGGUUCAUGGUUCUUCGAUCGCUGGUACCAUUGGUUACUAAAAUGGACAAGGCGUCGAUCCUUGGUGACACCAUCGAGUACGUGAAGCAGCUUCGUAAGAAGAUUCAAGAUCUGGAAGCACGUGAUCAUCGUCAGGACACGUUGGAUACGUCAAAGAGGAAGAUCCAAGUAGUAGACACCGGAAGUAUUGGUGGCGGAAGGAAGGCGGCGAGGUCGGUGCAGGUGGAGGUGUCGAUAAUCGAGAGUGAUGCAUUGGUAGAGCUGCAGUGUCCGCACAGAGAAGGGCUGUUGCUGGAUGUCAUGAAAAAGCUAAGGGAACUUGGAGUGGAGAUCACAACCGUUCAAUCUUGUAUGAACGAAGGAACGUGUACGGCUGAGAUGAGAGCCAAGGUGAAGGUGAACGGCAAUAACGGAAAGAAAAUUAGUAUAAUGCAAGUGAAGAAAGCCAUUAAUAAGAUAAUAUCUCCGUUGCUACUCACACAAUGACUAUACAUAUGUUGUUCGUGUAUGUUUAGGUAAACCGAAAUAUGUUACUUUUGUAUUUAUAGUACUUAAUGAUAGUUUUAUGGACAAAAUUGCAAAAAUAGUCCUUGUGGUUGUCAAAUUAUGUAGUUUUGGUACAAAAAUGUUUUCUAAUGCAAAAGUUGUCUAAUUUUGGAUC